GUGGCCUUUAUAAACCCAACAAAUAAACAAAACAACAAGGAAAAUUACGUACAGCGUAAGCUGUCAGUGGUUCUUAUAAACCCAACAAAGAAAGAAAAGAAGGAAAAUUAUAACCAUGGCGGAAAACGAUAUAAUAAGCAAAAUGAAACCAGAAAAUGCUGCUGUCUUCAAAGAACUUCAGGCUGAAGUAGAAGAAAGUUUGAAAAAUGAAGAAGAUAGGAGGUCAUACAAGUGGUUUGAAGAUGCCAGCAGUAUAAAUUUCUGGGAUUACAGAAAUAAAAAUUACUCAAUCAUAACUUGGUUUGAGAUUAAUGAAGAUAAUACUAAGUGGGAAUUACUAGCUGAGAAAUUAGGGCUUGGAUACCAGGAGAUACAGCACUGCCAUAAAUUUCACAGAGGAUGUCCCACUAGAGAGGUGUUCAGCAGGCUAGAAGAUAAGGAGGAGAGCAAGGACCUCAGCCUAAAGAAUGUUCUUGAGAUUUUAGAAGAGCUUGGUCACCAUGAUAUUCUAAGAGUUGUACCAUGGCAAGAAGGCAUUGAGAAAUUCAGGAAUGAUUGCAGUAAUUCAACAGAUGUACACAAGAAGGUCUCUAAACUUGUUCAAGUUAAGCACAAAUAUGACCCAGCAUCAUUCACUUUGUCAGUGCACCAGCGACCAGAAAUUUUAGUAGGUGCCAGCAAUGAAGGUGUUAUUGAUCAAGGGUGUAUUAGCACCAACGUGAGCCAUGCUUCUCCACAACCCGCACUGUCAGUCCUACAAUCCUCACCACCAAUUCCACAACUCACACCAUCAAUUCCACAAUCAACACCAUCUGUUCUUGAUGCCAGGGUCUUGAUGGUCUUUGCUCAGGACGCUAGAGCUGAAGCCCUGAAGGUGGCUGACCAGCUGAGAAAUCCACAAUUGCCAAGAGGAAAAAUCGGAGUGCUGCUGCUGAGUGAGCCUGCAGGUCCUGUUGCACGUCAGUUGAGGAUCGAUCCUUGCAAUAGUAUCCACAAGUGGUUUAAACAGGUUGAUUUCGUGGUUCCUGUGUUAUCACCGCAGUUCUUGCGUCAGAUUCAGAAUCGAGACUGGGACAGCAACUGUGUGGAUGAGAGACGAUACAAUCGCUUUAUUUACCGCCUGACAUUGGAUCACUAUGUACACAAAGGUAGCAGAAACUACAAGUGCCGUCCUCUUUGUCCUGCUGAGUACUUUUCAGAGGUGAUGCAAAGUGAGUUGGUGAAGGGUUUUGGACUUCUGCAAGUGGUCUGGAAUUGCUCAUCAGAAAAUAAGAUUGAAGAUUUUGCCAAGGUUAUCAUCAGUGAAUUAAAGUGCAGAGGAAGAUGAAAACGAACCCAUAAUGGUCUUUGACAUGCUAGUAGAGAACCCUGGUGAAGUGCUUACCAUCCUGAUUAUUUACCCUUUAAGGGAGGUUCCUUCAUGCCAGUGAGAGGUUGUCAUCUCCCGAAGUUAGGUGACCCCAAAUAGGGAGCACAUUCACCCAUUGCUCCUGUAACAGCUAUGUUGGCAGAAGGGUGCAGUCAAGAAGAAAGGAAUUAAUCACAACAGCAGGUCCAGUGCAUAAUUCAUUAAAAAACCGUUUAGUGUCAAACUGCUAACAUUCUUCCUCUCAGAUAAUAUAUCAGGGAAAGUUCACAACUUCAUACAAACAUAUAUUUCAGAUCAUGAUAAACUUAGAUGUACACACAAGCAGGAUCACAAAGUCAGAUAUUACAUAUUUCAUGGUAUUUUUAUAGUUAAUGAAUUGUUACAAACUGAAUUGUGGUGAACAACAUUCUUUUAAGAGUCAGGAAUUUGCUCAUACUUUUAAGUUUCAGUUAAAAGCACAUUUCUUUUCUGGAGCUUAUGAUCCUGAUCAUACUAUCACUCUUCAUUAUAAACAUUACUAUUUUUAUAUUUAUGGUUUUAUGUGUGAGUGCUUGUGGAUUUCCUGCAAGAACAGGCACUCAAGAAUAAUAAUAUAAUUAUAUUAAGCUCUGAACCCAAAAGGGUCAUAGUGCACUGCAGGUAGGGUAUAGAAUUAUAAAAUUCCAUAUUGUUCAUUAUUAUUGUUAACACUGUCUCAUACCCUUGGCCCUUCAAGGGUGCAUGAUGCUGGUCUCAUUAUCCAAGGAGUUGUAGCUCCCUUCCCCUUAUAUUGCCCCCCAUUCCCAGGUGCAAGUAACUUCUAUGGGUUUGGUACUCUCUUGUGACUGAUAAUUUCACAACUUGGAAAUGUUAAUGUAUUGAAGGGGAAGCACAGCACCUGUGUCAUACAGCACCCGAGGAAUGUGAGGUAAUCAGAUUUGAUCUGAGUAAGAGGAGGGUAGUUUCAAUUCCUUGGAUCAAAAACUCUUCAUUAGUAAACCCCUUCCCUCCCACCUUGAAGGGUCAUAACUUUGAAAUAGUUAAAGUACUACAAAAAUACUUCAUUAGAAUCACACAAGUGCUUCCAUCUCUUUCUUUUUCCUUAGUGUAUCUCUGUUAUAGUACAAAACUGACACACUGAUAAUUAUAAUAUAUAAUUGGCUGAUAAAUUUAUCAUCCUACAAGACAUAUUUAUCAUAUUACAUGUACCUAUAUUUCCACAUUAUAUAUUUAUUGGCCAUUGAUUGCACUCUUCCUAUCUCUGUCACAGAUUUAAAACACAGGGAUUAGUCAUUGUUUAGGUCUAUAAAUUAUUUCCUUCAUCAGCAUUAGUAGACUCAUGAUGGAUCUUUGGAUGUGCAGUAUUUCCUAGUAAUGAGAAAGGGAAUAUGGAGCCACUGGUAGCAGAAAAUCCUUUUUGUCCAAGGCUGGGUUUUAUCAAGUAUGGUAAAGCCCAGCUUUGGAUGGAAUGGUUUAAAAGGCUUCUCUGCUAUGUCUUAUUUCCACUUUGUCAGCUUUUACCAUUUUCUACCUAGCAGUUAGAAAUUAGUAAUUCUUAUUGGUAAUGAUUCUAUGUUGACAUUUCCCAGUAAAUGUUUUCUUUGAUGAGCAGUUUACAUUGACAACUGCUAAUGAACAGUUUACAUCAACAAUGAGUACUUUAGUAAAUCAAAAGACAUGUAAAUAUAGGAAGCCUUUAUUAAAAACUAUGAUUUUCUCAACAAGAGCUUUAUCGUGUUACUUAGAAAGGUAGUUACUCUCUCCUUAUAAAGAACAGUCAGGUGCUAAGAGGAAGAUGAAGUCAGGCGAGUAUAAGGGAACUGUGGUGCUGGGUAGUGGUGUGCUGAAAAUGGAGUAGAUGAGGGGAAGUACUAGUAACAAAGUACUAGGUUAGAGAACCUGAGUAUCUACAUAUAUAGAACUCCACAUUGUUCUAGAGUGGUGUGAGAGGGUUUGUAAUGAAUGCCCCUCUGGUUUAACUCGAUGGAAGCACCCUCUAGAUACAAUGUGUAAUAAUGUUGGUAGAACUACUGACAGGAAGUAAAAGGACACAAAUGCAACUAGUGUGAUAUUUUAUUGCGGCAAUGUUUCGCUCUCCUGGAGAGCGAAACGUUGCCACAAAAUGUCACGUUAGUUGCACUUGGGGCCUUUUACCUACUUUCAAUGUGUUUUUACCACUCUCGUAUAUGAUUACUUGUGCCUCAUUCCAAUCCAUGAGAGUAGUAAUUUCUGCAUAUUAUGUAGACCUUGACAUCUUUCCUACACUUGUAUCUGUACAGUGGACCCCCGCAUAACGAUAUUAUUUCAAUCCAUAAGUCUGUUUGGGUGCUGUUAUAGACCGAUUUUGUUCCCAUAAGAAAUAUUGUGAAUUAGAUUAGUCCGUUUCAGACCCUAAAAAUACACCUACAAAAGCAUUUACAAAAAUACGCUUACAUAAUUGGUCGAGUUGGGAGCUGAUCGUUAUGCGGGGGUCCACUGUAUUUCGGAACAUACGUGCAGUGUUAAGAUCACAUUUCAUCUUGCAUACUUUUACUGUGUCACAGUCAUAACAAGGAAUAGUGUAAACUCCACCUGUGCAAGUGGAAAUGUUGGCAAGUCAAGGGUGCAUUAUUUUAAUUGGUUUUAAAGUUGUUAUUUCUACAUCCACAGUAUCUUUUUAGAAGAUAGGUGUAACUGUAAUGAUAGUAUUGCUGUUAGGGAGGACAAUCCAUAUUUCAACUUCUCUUUCUAUUGUAGAUGCAAUAAUGUGUGUAGAUUUACUCCCUCAAAACUUUGUUGCGAGGCAGUUUUAAGGAAGUAACGCUGUCUUUAAUAUGGUGGUCUUUAUUCUCCAGGUACUAGCUGCAAUGUUAAGUCCUUGAAAUAGAAAUGGACAAAGAUGCCUCCAUGUGGUUAGAGUACAGUAUAAGGUCAUCCUUGUUGGUCAACUUCCAGUAUACUUUCUUAAAUAGAAAGUUUUUACCCUUGUGAUGUACUGCAUGUUAAGAAAGGGUAUCGAGUCGACCAAGGGUGAACUGGAUGGAUGUCUCAACUCGGUUUAAUUGGUUCUUGAGAGCUUUCAGGUCGAGCCAUCCACAUUGUGUAGGUGAGGAUGUCAUCUACAUGAUGUAACGGGAAUUAUGUUUAAGAAAUCCAUCUUGAGUUGGCUUAUAUAAUGGUUAGCUAAGAUCAUACUCAAUGACCAGUUCAGUAAAGUUGGGCCAUCCAUUUAAUUUACCCUAGAAGAGGAGUGUGACUUGCUACCCUUUCAGUUAUAUGUACUACUAGUUUUCGUGGAUUAAUAUUACGUGCAAGGGGAAGUAAGCACUAAACUUAUAUGGGGGUCAUACAGUGCUUGGGGAAAUAGGCAAUCAGGGUUGAUGCAAGGAAAGUAAGAAUAGGUCUAAUUCUUUGGAUUAAAAGUCUCUUAAGGGAUCUCAAGGCUGAUAAUUUCUUUUAGGACAGUAUACAGAAAGCUGACCAAGUAGGAUGAACUUGUACACUUUCUCCCAUUUGUUCUCCAAACUAUGUGGGUCAUUCUCAUCGGUUUUAAUCUCUAGGUCUUCAGAAUUUGUAGUUGCUAGUACAGCACUUGAAGGAUGAAUGUUGUCAUUUAACUCUUAAAAUUUCCCCACAUUAUAUCAUCUUGAAGGCAUGAACUAAACAUUUUAUUCAUUCCCUUAGGAAAGGGUAGAAGUUGAUGGAUAGAUUAUCCUCCCUAGCAGCAAUACUGUCCUUAUAGCUAUGUCAAUUUGAAAAAUCUAAAUGGAAAUAGCAAUAGUGACUUCCAAAUCAAUUAAGAAUAUCACAUUCCUUCAACUCCUUAACACUUAAGUUUGGAUAUCUGUUGUUUAUACUGUUCUGUGUCUUAAGAAACUACUGUACAUAUACAUUUUUGCAACAUUUGGUAAUUUUUAUCCACAAUGAAGAUGCUCAAAUGUUACAAAAGUGUCUAAUUCUUUAAACUUCUAGGCUUUUUAAACUAGUUGUAUCAUACUGUCCAUUAGAUGACAUAAAAUGAUCUUAACCCUUAAAUGGGCCAAACGUAUAUGUACGUUUUUUCAACAUCUGAAAGUAUGUAAAAAAAAUGUAGAUCUUUUUUGUUUUACAUUUGAAAAUGUGUAAAAAAAGUAGAUCUACUUUUGUAGCACUACGAAUUUGAACGUCGAUCUGUUUGGACCGUUUAAGGGUUAAUAUAGCGGUACCUCAGUAUACGUCGGCUUUGGAAUAAGUCCAACUUGGACUUGAACAGGACGCGAAAAUUUUUGCUUGGUAUACGACCUUUGUUUGGAAUACAACUCGCUUGCUAGAACUUGUAUGGGUCAAAAUGAGUCACAAAGCCACGACUGCCCACAAGCAUGGACAGGUUAAAUUUACAUUUAUUUCAUCUAAUUCUUUUGUAUUUAUGUAUGUAUUUUAGUAUUAAGCAGUGUUUAAAUUAUUUUAUACAACCCCA